CACCGUAGCCGACCUUGGUCCCGAUCGACGGCUCUCGAGAUACGUCAGAGCCCCAGGAGAAGUGCGGGCGUCAUUCUACAUUUUCCUCCGUUUCAGUUAGUUAUGGCUUCUUUCAAAAGUAUUCGCAGGCAGGUCCUGUGGAAUUUGAACUCGAGAUAUAUUUACGGACGCUAUCCACUCCUACACACCUUAGUAUUCAUCACCGAGUUAAUCAUGGUGUCUUUCUUGGUAUCUAAAUUCAACAGCUAUUAUGCUGCGAGACCAGUGCUCACGACCAUGGUCACCAACGCCGUGCUUGGUGGUGUAGCCGAUACUGUCGCUCAAUCCCUCACAGCGGUCAGAGAACGCGCCGUCCGCAAGCCCGGUGGUCCUGACCCCAGGACCGAUCAACUCGCCAUCGAGAUCCACGAUGUCGACCGCAGAAUCCACUGGCCCGAGGAGGAGCUCAUCCCCGACUCCAAGGUCCUGCCUCCUCCGUUCGACUUUGAGAGAUUGACAAGAUUCAUGGCAUACGGUUUCAUCAUGGCGCCCAUUCAACACAAGUGGUUCGGCUUCCUGAGCCGUGUCUUCCCUCUCACUGCAACAGCCGGUACAACUGCAGCAGCCAAGAGAGUCGCCUUCGACCAGCUUCUCUUCGCACCAGUCGGUCUCGGAGCCUUCUUCACGUUCAUGACUGUGGCCGAGGGUGGUGGUCGCAAGGAGGUGCAGAAGAAGUUCCAGGACAUCUACAUUCCUUCUCUCAAGGCCAACUACCUCGUUUGGCCUGCUGUGCAGUUGAUCAACUUCAGAUUGAUGCCGCGCCAAUUUCAGAUUCCAUUUGUUUCUACUAUCGGUAUUGCAUGGACCGCUUACCUAUCUCUGACUAACUCGGCAGAGGAGGCCUAGAAAGCUAUACACGAAGAGCAGGCAGGAAGAGAGUGUUGAUUACUUACGAGCAUCAAGAAGCGAAUUGGGCUGGCGUUCUGGCGACUUUACGGGCCGAUCGGACAGUUGAUCAGCAAGGCGUUCCGAAUGAUAUAGCGGCUCUUGAGAGAGUCCACCUAAAAGAUGAUGUGUCAUGCCAUGUGAAGUGCAGCAGGUGAUUCAGACGGUUCUCAGUAC